AUGAAAAAAGAAUAAGGAAUUAGAAAUUAGAAAUUGACUUUUUAAAGCAAUCUUAAUUAAAUUUAGAAAGUAAAAGUAAUUAUUUAUUCUCAAUUUUUUUUGCGAAAUUUACAAUUGUUUUUGGGAAAUAUUAUUUUGCUUUUUUAGAAAUUAUCGUUAUUGCAAAACUAUUCAACUUUAAUUAUGAGAUGGAGAAAAAUGCAAAGUGACGAGUUAUUGGUCAUUAGUAGCAGAGUUAUAUUUAUUUUCAAUAUCCAUCUACAAAUAGUACAUUAAUAUUUCUAGAUAGAAUGGUAGAAUUACAGUUUAUUAUGGAGCAUGAGGCAGCUUUAAGGAAAAGCUGAAAAGGUAGAAUUUAUUUUAAUUUUAAUAAUAUUGAUAGGAUUGAGUGUAAGUUGAGAUUGAUUUAUUAAAUAUGUUUAUUUCCAUUUUAAAGAAUGUAAUGGAUUGAGAAGCUUGUCAUAUUUAAUUAUAACUUAAUAUUUCUAGCUAUUUAUUUGAUUUCUCUGUUAUUAUUUUUAACUAAUAAAAGUAAUAACUCUGUAUAAGAUAGAAUAAAUACUGAUUUAUUAUCAAAAAAAAUAAAUUCAAAA